ACUCUCCGGGCGUUCAGUGUCGCUCGGAGAGAAAGACGUCCGUCCCGACGCAUCCAGACGGGAUAUCGCAUGUGUGUUGGCGCAUGUGCAGGUGCAGCGUCCGAGCGGCUCCGAGCGACGACGUGUUUGAUUGAGGAAAAGCGCGUCCGAUACUCUCCCGGUGGCAAAACACACAUAUAUACACGCAUGGAUGUGACCGUCAAAAGAAAAUUGCUCUCUUUAUGUAACGGGCUGCGAGCAAAGUUCACCAAGGUUUUUAGGGACGAGAAACAUUCAUUCAACUCCACCAGUACGGCCAGUCGGCUCUCGGCAACCAGCCAGACGGUGUUGUUGCAGCUCUCGGCAGCAGUAGUCGGUGCUUCGCUUAGCAAUGGGUCUGACGGGUGCGUCUGCUGGCAAACCGAGCGAAGCGAGCGUUACAACGUGCGUUUAGUGUCCUCCCCAUCGGCCUGCCGACCAGGGACCUUAAAAGUGAAAAGUGACGAAAUUGUGAUGUUUUCCGCUCGUUAAUAUAUAAAAAAACCCCGGGAGCCACUAAUG